AUGGAGCCCCGGGACCUCAUGGAUAUCUUCUCCCUCACCAUGCCCUCGCUCUUCCAAGCGCUCCUCAACAACUCGCAGCUGCUGCAGGUCUUUGCAGCGCUCCUGCAGAACCAUAAGGCGUGCCGGCACUUCGCCGAGGUACUCGCGAGCUUCCUCGUUACCUCACGCCUGGACGCGCUCCGCACGCCCGACACGCCAGUAGCAGGGCUCGUGCAGCAGCUCUUCCGCCUGCUCUUUGGCGCCGUUGCCAAGUACCCCAACGACUGCGAGCGCGUGCUGCAGCCCCACAUAUCCGCCAUAAUGGACGCCUCGUUAAAAGCCGCCACGGACCUCGACCGCCCGCACGCGUAUCUCCAGCUGCUGCGCAUGAUGUUCCGAGCGCUCUCCGGGGGCCGCUUCGAGCUGCUGUAUCGCGAGUUUGUGCCGUACCUCCUCCCCUGCACCAACACCAUUGUCUCGCUCCUCAACGGCCCCUCAGGCCCUCAGCUUAACGAUCUGCUGCUGGAGCUCAGCCUCUCUCUCCCUGCUCGCCUCUCCUCGCUGCUCUCCCACCUCCCGCGCCUCAUGAAACCCCUGCUGAGGGCCCUUCGCGGAUCUGAAGAGCUGGUGGGGCUUGGGUUACGUACACUCGAGGUCUGGGUUGACUCGGUCAACCCAGACUUCCUAGAGCCAGCCAUGGCUCCUGUGCUACCGGACCUGCUGCUCUGUCUCUGGUCGCAUUUACGCCCGAAGCCGUACCCGUAUGGCAGCAAGGCGCUGCAGCUGCUGGGGAAGCUGGGCGGGCGAAACCGCAGGUUGAAAGACCCGUUGGUGCUGGAGGCAAAGGAGAAUCCGGAGCAUGGGCUGCGGCUGAUUCUCACGUUCGAGCCCAGCACAUCGUUUCUCGUGCCCCUGGACCGUUGUGUUCAGCUGGCCUACGCUGCCGUCAUGGCAGGCCCGCUUCCCCCCCCGCUUCCUUCUCCAGGAGUUACAACAGCAGCAGCUGCGGGCAGUGGAGCAGGAGGAGGAGCUGCAGGAGCAGCAGCAGCAGCAGGAGGAGCAGCAGCAGCAGGUGGUGGUAGCGGUGCGGCUGGUCCGCCUGCUGUUGCUGCAGGGCCAGGCACGAUGCAGCAGCAGGGGCAGCAGGAGCAGCGUGGCAUCCAGACAAAGGCAGAGCCGCAGGAAGGGAAGGGUGGGGAGGUGAAGGCAGAACCAGGGCAGGCAGGGACCACAGGCGGGCCGAGUAGCGGCCACAGCGCUGCUGCUAGCGGCCCUGCUGGCCAAUCCACCACUUCAGCAUCCUCUCGUUCCUCCUCCAACCCCUCUUCUGGCGCCAUUCCCACGCCUCUCGGGACCUUCUCUUCCUCCUUGCCCUCUUCCUUCUCCAACCCGACUCUCACGCUGCACCUGCGGCGGCAGUCGCUGAGGUUCCUGCGUGUGUGCCUGCUGUCGGUGCUGAAUCUGCGGGGGAAUGUGGAUCGCGAGGCUGGGAUUAGCUCGCAGCAGCUGGCCUCUCUGCUGCUGUCUCCUGCUGAUCGCAGCAGGCACCGCGUGGAGUUUGCUGCUCCUAAGGUUGACAUUGGGGCGAAGACGAAGACUCAGCUGCAGGCGGAGCGAGCACUGUUCAAGCAGCUGCUGUGUGCUGUCAUUGCUUCCUCCUCUCAACCAGAGCUUCAGGAUCCCGAUGAGGAGUUGGUUCUCAAUAUCUGCCGCCACUUUGCCAUUCUCUCGCACCUCGACAACAACCAAGCCACCCCCCCCCCUGCAGCCCCCAGUGCCACCACCGGCACCACGCCUCCUCCUGCUGCCUCCCCCGCCGCCACCGGGCCAAGUUCUGGUGCUGCUUCUAUGGCAGCAGGCAGGGUAGCAGGUGGAGCAGGGAGCGUUGGGCAGAGAGGAGAUGCAGGCAGUAAGGAUGAGGUGAUGGGGGAUGUUACAACGAACCAGCAGCAGGGAGGCAUGGCGAGGAAGAGAGGCAGGGAGGAGGAGGCCGGCAAGGUAAAGCCGGAAGCAAUGGAGGUGGAUGGGAGGGGUCUGGCCGCGGGAAGGCCAGUGGCAGUGGGGAAGACUGCUGAUGGAGAGGGCGGGCAGCGGGAUGGUCCUGAUAGGAAGCGGCGGGUGGUGGGGCAGCAAGGGGGUGCCGAGGGUGCGCAGCAGCAGGUGGCUGUGCAACUGAGCAAGGCCAGUCAGUCGACGGAUGAGGAGAAAUCAAAGGAGAGUGUGGUGGUGGAAGAAAAGGGUAAAUCUGUAGGGGAAGCAGAUGUAGCAGGGUUGAGAAAAGAGGUAGCGGAAGGGGUUGAGGAGGAAAAGAAGACGAGUGGAGUCAGUCAGGUUGAGCAAGGGAAAGGUAGUGUUGAGGGUGAGGAGAAGAAGGAGAAUACAGGGGAGGGAGGGAAGGACAAGGAAGUAGAGACGGAGGAGGGCAAAAGAGAAGGGAAAGAAGAGGAAGGAGAUGUAAAGAGAAAGGAGCCAGCGGGUGGUGCCACGUCUGAUAAAGAGGAGCGGGAAAAGGCUGUGAUGGGGGAUGUGAAGCCGAGUGGAGAGAAGGCAGAGGAGGGUGCUGCGACAGUGGCGGUGGCUGCUGAAGUGAAAGUGAAAGAUGCCCAGGGCACGAAGAAGGAGGAGGAGAAGGAGAAGGAGAAGGCGAGGGAGGAGAAGGAGAAGGAGGAGGAAAAAGAGAAGGAGAAGGAGAAGGAGAAGGAGAAGGAGAAGGAGAAAGAAGCAGAGAAGGUGAAGGAGGAAAAGGGGGAUGAGGAGAAGGAAAAGGAGGAGGACAAGGAGGGCGCACCGAAAGGUACUGGUGGGGCAGUGGAAGUUACAGGAGUGAAGGCGGACGGGGAGGAUGCUGGAAAGGGCGCUUCUGCUGCUGCCACUACUACAGCUGCCACGGCUGACUCGGAUGUUGAAGGAAAGGAGACAGGGGCAGGAGAUGCGAAGGAUGGAGGGGUUGGUAAGGACAGUGCGAAAGUUGAAGGGACGCAUGAGGGUAAGGAUUGUGCAGGACAAGAGGCCGAGGCAGGAAAGGUGGAGGUAGGUGAAGCUGCUGCUGCAGGAGGAGAGAAGCAUGAAGGGGAGGUGGAGGAGGGACGUGAGGGCACAGAGGGCAUGGCAGUAGAUGCGAAGGACGCUAAGGGUGAGACUGAGGGUAGGGAGGAGGUGGGAGGGGAGGCGAGGGGAACUGGUGAUGAAAAGGAGGGUGGGGGAGGCGUGGUAGAGGAGAAAGGAGAGGCGGGCAAGGAGGGUGGAGGAGGGGAGGGAGGGACUGAGAGGGGAGGGGAGCAGUCAGGGAAGGAGGAUGAGGAGGUGAAGUUGAGUACAGCAGAGGCUGCUGUUGAAGGAGUGAGUGGGACGGGUGGUGAAGCAAGGGAAGCUGGUGCAGGAGAGAAGGGAGAUGUGGCUAUGGAGGAAGGGAAGGGUGAGGUAGGAGAAGGUGAGGGGGGAAAGGGCGAGGGGGAUAAGGUGGAAGAGGGUACUGGGGAGGAGGGAGAGAAGGGGGGUAAGGCGGAAGAGGCUGUUGCUAUGGAUGUAGAGGCAGGGGGGAAUGCGGUGAGUGGAGUGGAAGAUGCUGGGAUGGCCCUGGUGGAAGCGAGUGAGAUAACACAGGAGGGUAAAGAGGAGGGUUUGGGGGAAGAGGAGAAGGCGGAGGUAGCACAGGAGAAUGAAGCGGAAGCUAUGGAAGUGGAAGGCGAGAAUGGGGGGGCGGGUGAAGUGAGGAAGAAGGUGGAGGAAGGGGAGAAGGAGGGGGAAGAGGAAAUGGUUGGGGAAGAGGAGAAGGAGGGGGAUGGGGAGAAGGUGGGGGAAGGAGAGAAGGAGGCGGAUGUGGAAAAAGAGAGCGAAGCAGGGAAUGGGGAAGCUGGUGGGGAGGCUGAGAAAGUUGAGAUGAAGCAGGGUGGGGAUGCUGAAGAGGGGAAAGAGGCGAAAGAGGAGAAAGAGGAGAAAGAGGAGAAAGCUGAGGAGGAGAAAGAGGGGAAAGAGGAGCAAACAGAGCAAGAGAAAGAGGGGAAAGAGGGAAGCGAGGGAAAAGAGGAGAAAGUGGAGAAAGAGGAGAAAGCAGAGAGAGAGGAACAGGGGAGAGGGAUUCAAGGAGAGGAGGCAGAGGAUGGAGAGAGAGUGAAGCUCUCAGAGGAGGGGAAACAUAGAGAGGGAGAGGCGGGAGGUGGUAUUGCAGGGAAAGAGGAGGCAGCUGCAGGCAUGGAGGUGGAAGGGGAGGGUGAGGGGGAUGGGGCGGGGAACGCGGGCAAGGGGAAUGCAGAGGGCGAGGCAGGUGAAGCGGGAGAGGAGAAGGCAGGGAGAGAGGAGAAAGUUGAAACGACGGUGGUAGCUGGAGAGGAGAAGACAGAGGCGGGUGAAGGGGAGGAGGAGAAGGCAGGUGGGCAGAGGGCUGAGGAGGUUGCUGAGGGAGAAAGAGAGGAGAAGGGCGAUUUGAAAGAGAGUGAGAGAGAGGCACAGGGAGGGGACGCGCAGAAAGACGUGGAGAAAGAAGGAGAGGCAGCAGUGGAGGGUGGUGCAGGGGAGGAGCAGGCACAGGGUGCAGAGGGGACAGAGCAAAAACCAGAGGAGGGUGGUGGAGAGGCGAGCGCAGGGAAGUUGGAGGAAGACGGGAAGGAAGAAAGGAAAGAGGAGGGGGAGGAUGAUACAGGCGCGGGAGAGGGGGGUGAUGCAGAAGCGGGGAAGGAUGAGGAGGGCGACGGAGAAGUCGCAGCAGUGGAGGCAGGGGGAGAUAAGGCGGAGGGAGGGAAGGAGGGUGAUAUGGAGGUAGAGGAGGUGGGGCGGAGUGGGCCUGAGGGGGGGGAGCAGGCAGAGCAAGGUCGGGAGGAGGAAGGUGCGGAAGUGGGAGAGGGGCAAGGUGAUCCUGUGGGUGCGGCGGAUGAGAAGGAAGAGAAAGUGUUGGAGGAACAAGGGAUGGACAAGGCAGGGGAGGUUGCGGAGGGAGAAAUGAAGGACAGUGCAGAUGGUGGCGUGGGCGGAGUAGAAACGGAGCAGGGGGGGCAGAAGGAGGAGAGCAAGCAGGGCGAGCAGGGGGAGCAGGGGAAGCGGGCAGCGGAGCAGGGUGGAGUUGAUGGGAAGAAGGGGUUGGAGGAGGGACAUGAGGGUGGGGCCAAAGGGCGCGGGAAGGAGAAGAAGGAAGGGGAAGAAAGUGCUGGUGCUGAGGGGAUGGAUGAGGAGAGCAAGGCGGAGAAGGGCGAGGGAGGUGGUGCAGAGAAGGUGGGUGAUGCGGAGCAGAAUGGUGCUGAGGGGGGAGAGGGUGGAGAGGGUGGGGCGGGAGAUGGCAAGGAGAAAGGCGAGCAUGAGGAGCAGAAGGGAGGUGAGGUUGUGGCUAUGGAGGUGGAUGGGGCUCGAGGGGAGAAGGAGGAGGGUGGGGCGGAGAGGACAAAGGACGCUGCUGCUGCUGCUGCUAAGGAGGAGCAAGGUAAGGUGGAGGAGGAGGAGGUGAGAGAAGAUGGAGGAAAGCAGGACGAUGGUGUGACAGGGAAGGAGGAGCCAGAGGUCAAGAAGGGAGGAGCAUGUGAUGAGACGACUUGUGCCGCUGCUCCUGAUAAGACCAACGAGGUUGAAGAGAAGGCGGAAGGGACAGGGACUGGAACAGAGGCAGGCGCGAGAGCAGGGACAGGGACAGAGAUUGGCACAGGGACAGAAACAGGGUCAGUUGCAGAAACAUCAGGGACAAAGGAAGUGAAGGAAGAAGAGAAGGCGGAGGGGAAGGAGCCAUCGCAGGGCGCAGGAGGCUCAGAGAAGGCAGAGGAAGAAGCGGAGGAAAAAUUGGAGAAAGGAGUGGAAGCAGAGGCGAUGGGGAGUGGAGAGGCGGAGGCUCAUGGGGAGGAGAAGGGUGUGGUGAAGGUCACGGGUGAUAAGGAGCGGGGUGCAGCAGGAGAGGGGGCAGCAGGUGGUGUUAAGGCUGAGCAAGGCCCUGGUGCACAAGGGUCUGCGGAAGGAGAGAGUACGAAGGAAGGAACAGCCGAGGAUGGGAAGGGGGAGGGGAAGAAAGACGAUGGGAGUGCAGCGGGUGGCAAGAAGGAAGGAGAGGGAGUGGAGGGUGAGAAGGGGGAAAGUGACUCAGCAGGGGUGGUGGAGGAGAGCAAGGAAGUGAAGGGAGGAAAGGUGGCAGAGGUGGACUGUACGCCGCUCCAGGAGGAGGGUGAGAAGAAAAAGGUAGGAGAGGAGGCUGAGAAGCAGCAUGGGGUUGGGCCAGAUGGUAAGGCGGAUUCAGAGAAGCAGGUAGUUGAUAAAGGGACCGGUGGUGGUGGGGUUGAGUCAGGUGGUGGUGGGGGAGAGGCAGAUGGUGGGAAGCAGAAGGAGGCUGCGGGAGAAGAAAAGAGCACGGUGGGUAAGGGUGGAGAGAAAGAGGGGAUGGCGGAGGGGAAGGAGGAGGUGAAGGAGGAGGCGGGCAUAAAGGGAGAAGGGAAAGCAAGUUCUGCAGGUGCAUCAGGAGACGGCGGAGGGAAGGAGAAGGCUGCAGUAGAGGAGAAUAAGAAAGGCACGGAGGAGGGGAAGUUAGUGGUUGGGGUGAAGGAGGAAGAGAAGGGCCAGCAGUUACAGACAGCAGCGGUUCAAUGCAAGCCAGAAGAGACAGGUACGGUGGCAGGAGAAACGGUGGCAGGAGAAGUGAAGGGAGGAAAGGAACAAGAGGCGGGGGCAGGUGGGGUUGCAGGAGAGAAGGAAACUGGUGACAAGAUGGAGGUGGAUUCAACAGGUGUCGGGGCAAAGCUAGAUCCAGCAGAAGGGAAGGCGGGUGGAGAGGGAGAAGGGCAAGAUGUGAAGAUGGAAGAUGUAGGAGAGGGGAGUAAGGAGGUGAAAGCUGAGCAGGCGGUUGGGAUGCAGCAAUCACCUGUCAAACCUGUGCAAGGCCAGCAGCAGCAGGCACAACCUGUGCAGCCACCAUCGGCAACACCUGUGGCACCAACACCGUCACCACCAUUGGUACCAACCCCAGCAGCAUCCGCAGUGCAGCCAGUGCAAACAGUGCAGAAAGCACAGCCAGCAUCAGAGGGGCCUAAACAGCCACCGUCACAGCAGCAGGUGGUGGCACAGCAAGGUACGGUGGUGCAGCAAGGUGGAGGCGCAGCAGGGACCCAGGGUGCAGUGCAGCAAGCGGCAGGGACAUCAGCUGCUCCUUCGCAACAGCCCACACCAGCUACAGCACAGCCACGGCCACCACCAGCACUGCAGCAGGCGCAAGCAGGGGCAUCACUAGGUGCAGCAGGGGAGAAGAAGGUGUUUACCACACAGCCGGCAGGGCCGCAUGCUGGAGGUGCAGUGAAAGCAGAAGCAGUGCAGACCAGCCCUGGGACAGUGGGCCCGCAAAACACAGCAGUAGAGAACAGAGCGCAUGCCCGCGCUGCCGUCUCCGCACUCACCUCCUUCACAGACUCAGUCAUUCUCAUGGCACGCUGCCGCCAGGCUGGCACCGCCAUCCCUGCCGUGCUCCCCACGCCGGGCACCCCGGGAAUGGUUUCGUCCCCGUCGAUGAGUGUGGUGGCGCCUGCGCCUCCGGGUUUGAGUGUGCCUGUGCUGGAGGAGCUGCUGUCGCGCCUGCUGCACUGCUGCUAUGGGCUCGCGUGGCAUGAGCAGAUUGGCGGGGUGAUGGGGCUGGGUGCGCUCGUUAGCAAGGUCCCUGUUGACAUGCUGAGUCUCUUUCAGUCUCGCAUAGUCCGUGCACUUCUCUUCGUGCUUCGGAGGUUGCCGCAGCACUCAGUGAGGGAGCGAGAGGAGACAACCCACGUGCUUACCCAAGUACUACGAGUGGCCAACAGCAUGGACGACACAGCAUCAGAGGAGCGCACAGCGAGCUUCCGCUCCGUGGUGGAAGUGCUGGCAGUCGAGCUGUUCAACCCCAACUCGCCCCGCGUAGUGCGCAAGAACGUGCAGGCCAGCCUGGCACUGCUGGCGUCGCGCAGGGGCUCCGAGGUAUCGGAGCUGCUGGAGCCCACGUACCAGCCGCUGCUCGCUCCUCUUCUCAGCCGUCCGCUGCGGUCGCGCCAUGUGGAGCAGCAGGUGGGCACGGUCAUGUGUGCCAACUUCUGCCUGGCCCUCCGCCCGCCUCUCCUGCGCCUGACCCCGGAGCUUCUCACACUUCUCCAGGACGCCCUCAGCGUAGCAGAAGCAGACGAGGCGGUUCUCCACGCCAAGUUCCUCACAGGGCGGCAGGCCGCCGUGCUCACGGGCCUGCGCUCCGCAUGCAUUGAGCUGCUCUGCACCGCCAUGGCGUGGGACGAGUGCAAGGCGCCUGGGCACGCGGACAUGCGCUCGCGCAUCAUUGCCAUGUUCUUCAAGUCGCUCACGCUGCGCACGCCCGAGAUUGUCAGUGCGGCCAAAGAGGGUUUGAGGCAGGUGAUCAUGCAGCAGCGCCUGCCCAAGGAGCUUCUGCAGUCCAGCCUGCGCCCCAUCCUCGUGCACUUCGCCCACUACAAGUCCCUCAACCUGCCGCUGCUCCAGGGCCUGGCGCGACUAUUGGAGCUGCUGUCCAACUGGUUCAACGUGACCCUGGGCGACAAGCUCAAGGACUACCUGGCCAAGAUGCUGGAGCCCGACAGAGGGCCCGCGCAGGGGCAGAGAGCGUGGCGACCAGGGGAAGAGCCCAAGAUAGCUGCUGCGAUCCUGGAGCUAUUCCACCUGCUGCCAUCGCAAGCCGUGAAGUUCCUCGACGACUUAGUCCACCUCUGCAUGCAGCUGGAGGCCGCACUCCCGCCCACCUCCCUCCUCUCCGACCUCAACUCGCCCUACCUGCAACCACUCACCAAGUUCCUCAACCGCUACUCGCACGAGUCAGUGGACUACUUUCUAGCGCGGCUCAGCCAGCCGGCUCUCUUCCGCCGCUUCCUCGCCAUUAUACGGUCGGAUACCGGCAUGCCGCUGAGGGAGGAGCUAGCGCGCUCGCCCAAUAAGAUCAUCGGUGCUGCGUUCCGGUCUGUAGCGCCGUCGCUGGGGCUCACAGACCUGCCUCAGCCCGCCCACCCGCUCACUCCCGCCCAAGAGGUGGAGGUGCAGAUGAACGGGAUAGCGCUGGUGCGGGCGCUGGUGAAGCUGCUGCCGGACUGGCUAGGAGGGCAGCGGCAGAUCUUCGAGGCGCUGCUGCAUCUCUGGCACUCGCCCGCACGCAAGCAGCGGCUCAUGCGCGAACAGGACCUGCCUCUGCACAUGGUGAAGGAGAGCAAGUGGCUGGCCAAGUGUUUUCUCAACUACGUGAAGCACAACCGGGAGGAGGUGGAUGUGCUGUUUGCGCUGCUCGCCAUCUUCCGCCAGCGCACGCGCAUCGACUACACCUUCCUCAAGCGCUUCUUCAUGCUGCAGCUCCCAGAGACGUACACGCCACAGCAACGCAAGCUGGUGCUGCUGCGCUUCCUCGUGCUGUACCAGGGCGGAAUCCUCACCAACCCCGCCCAGCCGCCAGCAGCAGGCCAGGCAGGCGGGCAGGCAGCAGCGGCAGCAGCAGGAGCAGGGGCAGCAGGAGGGGCGGUGAGCCAGGUGAUGCCGGCAGCGCACCAGGAGGCGAUGGUGACGGCGCUACAGCUGCUCAUCAUGCCCAUGCUCUCGCACUCUCUCAGCCAUGGGCAUGGCCCUGAGCUGCUCGAUGCUACUGUCAUCCGCACCAUUGUCGACCGCUUGCUCGACCCGCCUGAAGAGCUGAGCGCGCAGUACGACGAGCCGCUGCGAAUCGAGCUGCUGCAGCUGGCAACGCUACUCAUCCGCCACACGCCCAACGAGCUGAAGCUGCACCGGCGCGAGCUCAUCAAGUUCGGGUGGAACCACCUCAAGCGCGAGGACAGCAGCAGCAAGCAGUGGGCGUUUGUGAACGUCUGCCACUUCCUCGACGCGUACCAGGCGCCCGAGAAAAUCAUCCUGCAGGUGUUUGUCGCGCUGCUGCGCGCGUGCCAGCCGGAAACCCGGCUGCUGGUGAAGCAGUCUCUCGACGUGCUCAUGCCGGCUCUCCCCAACCGGCUGCCCCAGGGCGACCAGAAGAUGCCGCUGUGGAUUCGUUACACCAAGAAAAUCCUGGUAGAGGAAGGAUACUCAAUCGCGCACCUGGUGCAUAUUUUCCAGCUCAUCGUGCGCCAUGCGGACCUCUUCUACCCCUCGCGCGCCCAGUUCCUGCCCCAGAUGGUGCACUCGCUGCAGCGCCUCGCGCUGCCUCUGAACAGCUCGCUGGAGAAUCGGCGGCUGGCGGUGGACCUUGCAGGGCUUGUGGUGAAUUGGGAGAAGAAGCGUCGCGACAACGAAGCUGCUGCUGCUGCAGCAGCAGCUGGUAGGGCAGCGGGUGCUGGUGUAGGGGGGGGAGCGGAGGGUGGCGAGGGCGGUCAAGGGGGAGCAGGAGGCAAGAGGGUGCUAGGGGGGAGUGAAGAGAAGGAGGAAGGAGGUGGUGGUGCUAAGCGGAUGAAGGUGGAGGAGGGGCAUGUGCUGGGGCCAGGUGCCGCACCUGGCUCUACACCCGGUGGAAACGCAGCAGCAGGAGCAUCAGGAGCAGCUGCAGGAGGAGGAGCAGGAGCAGGGGCGGCGGGGAGUGCAGCAGCAGGGGACGACGAUUUCCGGCCGCACACAGGCAUGGAGGAUAUGGUUCUCAACUUCCUCAUCCGCUUUGCAUUCGUAUCAGAACCCAAGGACAAGGACACCACAGCGCUGCACCAGCAGGCGCUGCAGCUGCUGGAGGAGGCUCUGGAGCUGUGGCCCUGGGCGACCAUUCGCGGAGGGGACGCCAGUCAGCAGGGGCAGGCAGGCACAAGCAAGGCAGCACAGGGUGCGGGGGCGGCAACCAAGGACCUGUCCCUGGCGCUGCUGACAGGCAUGGGGGUCAUUGAGACAUGCCUGCGCAAGAGCCCGCUUUCCUUCCUCCGCCACAACUCCGUGCAUGUGCUUCAGAUCAUAGAGCCGUGCAUGAGGAGUCGCUCCAAGGAGGUCAUUGCCUGCCUGUGCCGCAUUCUCCGCACGCUCUUUUCCACCGCCGCCUCCCUCGCCCCUCCAUCCGCCACACGUGCUGCUGCCGGCACCGCAGCCACAGGCCCUGGCGCUUCCGCUUCCCCUGCUGCUCCCUCUCCUGCUGCUCCUGCUCCAGCUACUGCUGCUGGAGCCGCAGCAGUGGCAGGAGGGGAGGGGGCUAAGGGGCGAGAGGACGACCCAGCGACAAGGGAGGUAUAUCUAGAGCAGGUAGCAGCUGUGGCGCAGAGGGUGGAGGAAGUGACACAGAAGCUUCUCGUGUCCAUUGUCUCCCCUCAGGCCUCUGGCUCUGGCUCCGCUGCUGCAGCACCUGGGCAAACUCCUGGUGCUGCUGGCCCAGGUGGCUCUGCUGCCGGGGCAGCAGGAUCAGGUGCCAUGCCUCCACCUCAACCGCAGCAGCAACAGCAGGGUAGAGCAGGCACACCCGGUCUCCCUCCCUUGGCCUCCCGUCCUGGUGCUGCUGGUGCUGCUGGCAUAGCACAUGCAGCAGGCGCAUCCACUCCUCAGGGAGGUGCACCUGGUGCAGGUACACCUGCUGGAGUGGCAGGAGCAGCAGCCGGCAUGGCCCGAAGUGCCACUCCCACUCUGCCUUCGGCUUCUUCUGCUCCGGCCGUUCUGUCCGCCGCCAAUAAUGCUGCUAUAAGAGCGUCCCUGGCAGUGCUGCACACGCUGGCAGCAACAGAGCAGCAGCAGAUAGUGGACCGGCUGCUGCCUAUGCUCGUGCCCACGGCCCUCCACCUCUCUCGCAGCAUUGCUGCUGCAGGCCCGGCUGCUGGCUUGACAGGAGAUGCACAGGCAGAUGAAGCAGCAGGGGGCGGGCGAGGCAAGCCGCCAUCCCCAGGCGUGGCAGCAUUGGCAGGGGCAGGAUCCGGCAGCUUCAGUGCAGCCGCAGCAGCCGCAACAGCAGGAAGCGCUGCUGCAGGCAGUGCUGGCGGUGCUGGGGGAGGGGCAGGCGGGGCGGGUGGGGCGGGUGGGGAGGAGGAGGGGCCGGGGUUGAUAGCGGCGGGGGUGGAUAAUCUGUGUGACGCACUUGAGCUGCUGGGACGGCGUGUGCUGUAUGUGACGGAUUGCCGGCGCCAGUUUGGGCUGCUGCUGCAGAGCCUGCUCACGGACCGAGCCACGGACCCGGCGGUGCUGCUGUCCAUUCUGGAGAUUGUGUGCAGAUGGGUGGACACAGAGUUCAGGGUGGCGGUGGUUCGGGGAGCGCAGCAGCAGGCGGAGCUGGUAUACACGGGCAUGCUGAACGCGCGGGACGUGGUCAACUUCCUGUACAAGCUCGCCCUCGUCACCAAGGAGCGCCGCCUCUGCCACCUCCACUUCGCCCCCUCGCGCUCCUCCCGCGCCUCCUCCGCUGCUGCGCUUGCUGCCUCCACUGAUUCGCCUGCCCUGCCAGCUGGGGUGAGGUCAGCAAGUGAGCCAGCGCGGGACUGGGAGGGAAAGUUCCUGGGCCUGCUCUACUCCCUCUGCUCCGACUCCUCCAG